CGCAGGCGGUGUGUCGUGGUUAAUAUGUAACGCUCAGUGCACACUUGCACUUUGUUUCCCCAAAUAAUAGAUGGGGGCUUUCAAGAGUUAUCUUUGCACAAGCUGGAUGGUAGAGUAACCAAGUCUCUAAAAAUGGUGACGCACAAAACGACGAUGGGAUUUAUUUUCAUUAUAACCUACAUGUGCUUCCUCGCUCCUGUCCACCAAGCGCACCCUCAGAGCGCCACCAUCUCAGAUCUUUCCAUCAAAAACAUGGACUUUGCCAUGAACCUAUACAGAAAGAUAUCCAGCUAUCAUGACAAGAACAUCUUUUUCUCACCUCUGAGCAUCUCUACCAGCUUUGCUGCUCUUUCAAUGGCUACUGACGGUGUCACACACAAAGAAAUACUAAAGGGACUCAACCUGCAGCAGCUGGAGCGGGCCGACCAGCCAGAAUUCAUCCCAACACUCUUUCAGCUCCUUCAUGAGAACAUCACACAGAACGGGAUGCUGAAACUGGACCAAGGCAUGGCUCUCUUCAUGGACCCGCAGUUUGAGGUUGAGAAGAUAUUCACAGACCAAAUCAAGACUUUUUUUGACGCUGAGAUCAAAAGUGUAAACUUUACAAACACCAAAGAGAGUCUCAGCUUCAUCAAUGAGUACAUCAGCAACAAGACUGAGGACAAAGUGACGGAGAUGAUUUCUGAUCUGGAUCCAGUGACCCAACUCAUGUUAAUCAACACCAUUUUCUUUCAGGGAGCCUGGCAGAAGACUUUCAACCCCAACUUCACUGAAAAUGCACCAUUCUACAUCAACAAUUAUAAUAUCAAGCAAGUGCCGAUGAUGUUUUUAGAGGACAAGUUCUACAUGAUGGAAGAUGUUUCUCUUGGUGCCAAAGUGCUGAAGCUGCCAUACCAGGCAGGUGUUUCCAUGCUCAUCCUGCUCCCCAACAAAGGCACAGACUACACUGUGAUUGAUGAUGACAUUACUGCUAGGAAGUUCCUCAGCUGGAUCAGAGGGCUGGAAAAAACCAAACUGGAAGUCAACAUGCCCAAAUUCAAGAUGGAGGAGUCAUAUUCCCUGCACAAUAUUCUACCACAUAUGGGCAUGGACAGUAUCUUUAGUAAUUCAGCCAAUCUGACAAAGCUGAGUAAGGAAGGCGGCCUCAAAGUGUCAGAGGUGCUGCACAAAGCUGUGAUCGAGGUGGACGAGACAGGCACCACUGCAGCAGCAGCCACAGCAACUGGCAUUAUCCCAUACUCCUUACCCAGGACCUUCACUGUCAACAGGCCCUUUUUCUUCUUCAUUUACCACGAAGACACAAACUGCCUGCUGUUCAUGGGCAGGGUGAUUGACCCCACCAAGAACUAGCAGGCAUGACUGUGCUGUGUGAGUCCUUGUUUGCUUGCACUUAACAUUGUGUUUAUUUAGACUUUAAAAAUGCUAAUUUGAUGCAUUUUUAAAUCCUAAAUGUAACGAGGUUGUGCUGAUUUGUUCUAUAAACCGCCCUGUAUGUGAUCCCUAUUAAUAAAGAAUUUACAUUAGUGUGCCUUUCUUUUGGAUUCAAUCAAAUAAUUUGCUGACUAAAUGAUGGAGGGUUAUAAGGGGUGGAAAUAAAUAUAUAAACACAUGACUAACUAAAUAACGAAAUGCUUAAAUAAUUGAAUAAAUAAAUAAUUACGUAAUUUAAUGAAUACAUUACAAAUUAAAGAAGACAUUAAGCAUUAAUCAGUCCUUUAAUGAAUGCAUUUCAUUAUGUAAUUUAAUAAGAAAUGUCUUAAAAUAUGACUUUCUCUGACUCCUAUUAAUAUCUGAUUUUAUGAAUAUGAUCACCCUUGAGAAAGCAGGCUGCACACCGUCUUUUGUGAUUUUGUAUGAUUGUUCUGCUAAUAAGGCAGAAUAAGACUGAACAUGUACUAGAAGAAAUAUUAGGCCUCCUAACAGUGAAGAA